AUGGCUGAAAAAGUCAAGUCGUUAUUCAAAAAGGUGGAGCACUUGGGACAACCACCCCCAUUACCAAAAUCGCAAAACAUUCCACCAGCACCCCAAUUUCCACCUUACGAUGCUGUCACUGCCGAGAUGUAUCGUCAUCGAAAGCAAGUAGGAGUGAAUUUGGGCUCGUUAUUUUGUUUGGAAGGAUGGCUUGCACCAGCACAAUUAAAAUCAUGCGGAUUGCAACAUGAUUGGGAAUCCGAAAGCGACUAUCUCGAUGCUUGUCAAAGCCGCGAAUCAGCUCGAGGUGCAUUGGAGGACCAUUGGAAGACCUUUGUGACCGAAAAAGAUUUCGAGUUUCUUGCAUCCGCUGGUAUCAAUUCAGUACGUGUGCCCAUAGGCUAUUGGGUAGGAGCUGAACAUGAGGAUAUGGUGGGCCCGUUUAAGAAGUAUCAAGGCGUAUACGAUGCAGCAUGGAAUUACCUAUUGCAGCUCAUUGCCAAUGCAUCAAAGUAUCAAAUUGGUGUCCUUAUUGACUUGCAUGCAGCACCAGGCGCACAAAAUUGCGACAGCCAUUGCGGUGUAUCAUCUGGGCAGGCCCAAUUGUUUAAAUUUGCCUCGCAUAAUGCAUCCAUUGCAAUCAAGGUGUUAACACGCUUAGCCAAGACAUUUGCACCGGUCAAUAACGUGAUUGGACUUGAGCUACUUAAUGAACCAAAGGAUGAUUCAUCACUGGGUAACUUUUACACCGAAGCUGCCAAAGCGAUUCGCCAAGCAACGGGUGACAUAAGGCUACCCAUCUACAUUGGAGAUGCAUGGAAUGUAAACAAGUACAGCGAAUGGAUAGCAGGCCAUCAAAAUCAAAUCGACUUUUGUGUGCUCGACACGCAUCAAUAUUUUUGUCAUACACCAGCCGAUCAUGCAAAAACGGCUGAACAACACACAAAGCACUUGACAACAGGGCUUAAACAAAAAUUAGGUGACAAUAGCCGGCGUAUACGUGGCAACAUGGUGGUUGGUGAAUGGUCGGUGGUACUCAAUAACAAGUCGAUUCCUCAGGGGCAACAUGAUGGGCAAGUCAUGCGUGAUUUUGGGCAGGCGGAAUUAUCGGUGUGGGAUGCCACUUGUGCUGGCCAUUAUUAUUGGACGUACAAAACAGCGGAUGAUGGCUGGUAUUGGAGCUUCAUUUAUUGCUUCAAGAAUGGCAUUCUACCUCGCAACAUGGGCGGCUUUGUUGAACUACCGCAAGAUGCUGAAUCCAAGGCCAAGGCUCAAAAAGAAAACUUGCUACAAGGAGCCUAUAAUCAGCAUGCUCAAUAUUGGUCCAAUGAAAAGAAACAAGCUAUUCGUGACAAUACUUGGAGAUUCCAAAAGGGGUUCGAUGCAGGGUACGAAAUAGCCUUGCGAUUCUUUAAGGAAAGGAGCCGUAUUGGAUUCACCGGUCAACUUGCCCAUGAAUACGCUAUCCAAAAUAGCCAUGAAGGUGAUAAUGGUGUUGCUCAAGCAUGGCAAUUUGAGCAUGGCUUCGUACAAGGUGUACAGGCAGCUGAACAUGCAAUAGCUCAAUAA